AUUGGUCAAACACUUUUACAUCAUGUCGUUGACAAAUGAGAGUAAACUAGAGAAGAGGGUGUGAGUAAAUGUUAUUUUCAUUCCCAUGGUCUAUGAGGCAUCCUGCACGAACAUGAUGAUAAAACCUUUACUAAGAUGGCUUUGAAUAUUUUGUCGCAGACGUCUCUCAGCCGGGGCCAGGGACGCAGGAGAAGGAGGUCGAGCGGUACCAGUGUCGAUUCUCUGGACAUUAGCCCCAGUGCCGAGGCGAGGGUUCUGGUCAUAAACACCGGCGGAACCAUCGGAAUGAUGUACCACAAUAACGUGUUGUGUCCAGAACCAAACGCACUAGUCAAAACUUUACGCAAGCUUCCCAUUCUGCACGAUGAGCAGUACGCACAACAGACCAGACUGUACGACUACUAUGAUCCUCCAGAGAUCACGCUGGUGCUGCCGAAGCCCACUCAUGCUGCUGAUCAUCUUUUUCAUGGACUGUCCAAACAGAACAAAAGGAUUGUGUAUACGGUUUUAGAGUACUGUCCUCUGCUGGACUCCUGCAAUAUGACCACAGAUGACUGGGCCUGUAUUGGUAAAGACAUAGAGAAACACUAUGAGAAAUACGAUGGCUUUGUUAUUCUGCAUGGUACAGACACCAUGGCUUACACAGCCUCUGCUUUGUCCUUUAUGUGUGAGAACCUGGGAAAGCCUGUUAUCCUCACUGGCUCACAGGUGCCUAUUUAUGAGAUGAGAAAUGAUGGGAGAGACAACCUCUUGGGGGCGCUGUUGAUAGCUGGACAGUUUGUCAUCCCUGAGGUGUGCCUUUAUUUUCAUCAUAAGCUGUACAGGGGUAACCGUGUCACCAAAGUGGAUGCUGGAAGCUUUAAUGCGUUCAGCUCACCAAAUCUGCCACCAUUAGCCAAUGCUGAAGUUGACAUCAAAAUUAACUGGGAUACUGUAUGGCGAGCCAACACAACCUCUAAAUUCACCGUCAACACGCAGAUGAACCGCAAUGUGGGUCUCCUGCGUCUUUUCCCGGGAAUCACUGCUGCAACUGUCAGGGCCUUCUUGCAGCCUCCUAUGGAGGGGAUAGUUCUGGAGACCUAUGGCAGCGGUAACGCCCCUGACAAUCGAGCAGACCUGCUGGAGGAGAUCCGUAAAGCGACAGAGAGAGGACUUAUUAUGAUCAACUGUACCCAGUGUCUCAGGGGCUCGGUCACAACCUCAUACGCCACUGGCAAGGCCCUAAGUGAUGCAGGUUUGGUCGCUGGGUGCGAUAUGACCCCAGAAUCUGCUCUGUCAAAACUCUCCUAUGUGUUGGCAAAAACAGACCUCAGUACGCUAGAAAAAAAGAAGAUGCUGAGCCGCAAUCUACGUGGUGAGAUGAUAGCUGACCUGGAGGGAGCAAAGCUGUCUCUCAGCGACAGUCGCUUUAUUCAGGUUAUUGCCAAGUCCCUCAGCAUUAGCUGUAAAGAGGAACUUGAAGCCAUCCGGGAUGCCCUAACACCUACUUUGGCCUGCGCUGCUGCUAAGAUUGGAGACAUUGAGGCGUUAGAGGCCAUAAAAGAAAUGGGUGCUGACUUGAGCAUGGCCGAUUAUGAUGGCCGUACCCCUCUUCACAUCGCCGCAUGCGACGGGCAUCUGAAAGUAGUUCAGUAUCUUUUGAGUCAGGGGGCAACCGUCUACGCCAAAGAUCGCUUUGGCAACACACCCCUCCGCAAUGCCGUUCGCUUCAGGCAUAAGGACGUGGUGAAACUUCUCAGGAAGACUGGAGCUCACUUCUCUCGUGACGAGAUUGAGGAUGCAGGGACUGAAAUGUGCAGUCUUGCGGCCAGUGCAGAUUUGGAGGGAUUGGAGAUAUGGCACUUAGCUGGAGCUGAUUUAACUACAACCAGUUAUGAUGGACAGACACCUAUUGAAGUGGCAAGAGCCUCUGGACUUGAGGAGGUGGUUGACUUCCUACAACAGGCUGCUCAGUACCGAACCCAGACUUUGUCAACUAUGAUUUCAAGCAACGAAACUGGAGAAAUCCAAACUAAAACUUUGCUUCAAACAAUGUGGGAUCCACAUACUGUAGCUGUUUUAAGCAUGAAAAUGGCUGAUAAAGUGUGAAUGGCGAGUUUAUUGAGUUCACCGCUUGUCCAGCAAGAUCAUGAGGACGUCGUCCUGCUAGCAGUCACUUCCUGCCAUUAUCAUCUCUUCAGUUUCUUUAAGGUUUUUUCAUUAAAAUUUCAACAACAGAAACGCACAAGUCAUGCUGGGUGUUAAAAGCCGUCCAUCUAUAAGAGGCUCUCUGUGUGCAGUCAGAUAUGAAUGCAUUGUAAAGUAGAUAGUAAAGGAAUUUGUGUAAGCACAUUUUUUUUCAGGGAAAGUUACAGUACUGGACACUGUAACUUAGAAAGUAUCAAUGUUUUUGGAAAUUAUUAUGCAAUUACUCUACAUUUAGAAAAAUGUACAACUGCCUUCCACUGCUUCAUUUAAUGGUCUCACUGUUGCCCCAAAUACGACAACAAUUCAAUUAAUGUUAUAUUUGUUGCCAUUGGUACUUCUGACAUGGCCACCAUAAGAUUUAAAAUGUGUGGCUUAGGUUAUUUUACAUUUAUGCAUUUUACAAUUCACUGUUCCCACUGUUCUGUUAAUCCACUCUUAUUUAUUUACAUCUAUCAGUGUUAAAUAUUUGUGCGAUCAUUUUAAUGUGAAUGUAAAACUGUAAAACUAACUUGUUGCACUUAAAUUUUUAGGUUUAAUCAAAUAGAAUUUAUAAUUCAUUUAAACUUUUCUGACUAGUGAGGAGUUGCUAUAAAUUAUAAAAAUAAAGUUUAAAUAACUUAAGCAACUUUAUUUGUGAAAUUUAUAGUAACUCCUCACUAGUUAAGAAAGUUGAAAUAAAUUGUAAGUUGAAGUUUAUUAAACUUAAUUUAAGUGCAACAAGGAUUUUCUUUACAGUGUAGUAAUGAUAGUACCGUGUAAGGAUGUCUUUAAAUACUGUAUUUAAAGAGAUGCUGUAAAAAUAAACAUAGACGUAAGUGACUAUCAAAAACAAAGUGUUCAUACACCAAAAUGAAUUAAUGUUUUGCUGUAAGUUGUUUUUCUUUAUUUCCUUGUCUUGUUAGUUAGUACAUCUGUUUCUUGUUGAAUGGUUUGAAUUUUGACAUAAGAAAGUUACAUAUAAAUUGUUUUAUAAACCCAUUUUAAAUUGUUGUAGCAAUAAAAAUACAACAACAUAUAUUUAUGAUCAAAUGCAAAUUAUCAGCACAUACUAGCAUUGUUGUGUUCUGUUUUUAGUGUCAGUAGAACAGGAAAAGGCAAUAAAUGUGUAUUUUUGUCUGAAAUAUGAAAUAAAAUUGUUAAGCACAAACAGAAAAAAUAAAGUUAUAAGUGGUAAAAUUUCA